AACUAAACGAAUUUAACCAGCCCCCACCAACACCAGAAACGCACCUAUUUAUACAGGAACAUUCGUAAAUUCUCAAAUUGAUUCCUUUUUCUUCUUUGUUUCUAUCUCUUUCUGUGCCUUUCUUUUCUUUUUUUCCAAAAAAACUAAUUCUUUCCAAUUUUGGGUUUUUUUUUUCACUUUUUCUUCAUUUGUAGGGAGAGUUCCGAGGAAGGACAGGUUGUAGACGUAAUAAAAGAUGUUAGAGCAGUUACUAAUAUUUACUCGAGGAGGAUUAAUCCUCUGGUCAUGUAAAGAGCUUAUAAACGCUCUUAAGGGAUCACCAAUUGACAACUUGAUCCAGUCUUGUCUUUUGGAAGAACGAUCUAGUGCAGCAUCAUACAACUAUGAUGGCCCAGGUGCCGCUUACACGCUGAAGUGGACCUUCCACAAUGAGCUUGGCCUUGUUUUUGUUGCUGUGUAUCAGCGGAUCCUUCAUCUGUUGUAUGUAGAUGAACUGCUUGCAAUGGUGAAGCGUGAGUUUUCGGAAAUUUAUGACCCGAAACGGACGGUGUACAAUGAUUUUGAUGAAACAUUUAGGCAACUGAGAAAAGAGGCUGAGGCUCGGGCCGAGGGAUUGAAGAAAUCAAAGCAGGUGAGCAAGCCUUUAAGUAAUGGCAAGAAGCAAGGGCAGGUGCAAAAAACUGGAUUUGAAGGAGGAAAUAUGAAAAAGAGUGAGGGUGCUUCAGCUAAUGAUGGUGGGGAUGGUGAUAAUAGGAAAGGUGGUAAAUUGGAGAAUGGCCACUCCAAUGGCAAUCGUGUUGAUAUUGGUGGAUCUAAGGUGAAUGGUUCGGUUAACAGUGUAGAAAAUAAAAGUUCCAAUGGUGGGGCUUUUGAUGUAAAUAAGCUUCAGAAGCUUAGAACUAAAGGUGGGAAGAAAACGGAGACUGUUGUUAGCAAGGGCUCCAAGGUAGAGCCGAAGAAAAAGGUAACAAAGAAGAAUAGAGUUUGGGACGAUUCGCCUCGUCAGGAAAAAUUGGACUUUACGGAUUCUGUGGGUGAGAAUGGAGAUCAUAUAGAGGUUGUUGCAGCAGAUCAUGGUGAAAGUAUGAUGGACAAGGAAGAGAUCCUUAGCAGUGAAAGUGAGUCUGAAGAAGAUGAGGAAGUGGGGAAGGACAGCAAACCUGAAACUAAGAAGAAGGGAUGGUUUUCAUCAAUGUUCCAAAGCAUUGCGGGCAAAGCAAAUUUGGAGAAGUCAGACCUGGAACCAGCUUUGAAAGCUCUCAAGGAUAGGCUCAUGACCAAGAAUGUGGCUGAGGAGAUAGCUGAGAAACUCUGUGAAUCAGUGGCAGCUAGUCUCGAAGGGAAAAAGUUGGCUUCAUUCACAAGGGUAUCUUCAACAGUGCAGGCAGCUAUGGAAGAAGCUCUUGUUCGUAUUCUAACACCUCGGCGCUCUAUCGACAUACUAAGGGAUGUGCACGUCGCCAAGGAACAAGGGAAGCCAUAUGUUGUUGUUUUUGUUGGUGUGAAUGGAGUUGGGAAAUCUACUAAUCUUGCCAAGGUUGCCUACUGGCUUCAGCAGCAUAAGGUCAGUGUCAUGAUGGCUGCUUGUGACACAUUCCGAUCGGGAGCUGUUGAGCAGCUGCGCACUCAUGCACGAAGACUCCAGAUCCCUAUAUUUGAGAAGGGCUAUGAGAAAGAUCCUGCCGUAGUUGCAAAGGAAGCCAUCCAGGAGGCAACACGCAAUGGUUCUGAUGUGGUUCUUGUUGAUACAGCCGGUCGAAUGCAGGAUAAUGAACCAUUGAUGAGAGCACUCUCAAAGCUUAUUUCCCUUAACAAGCCAGAUCUGGUCUUGUUUGUUGGAGAAGCACUGGUUGGAAAUGAUGCAGUUGAUCAACUUUCCAAGUUCGAUCAGAAAUUAGCCGACCUUUCAUCUUCACCUAGUGCCAGGUUGAUAGAUGGGAUCUUGCUCACAAAGUUUGAUACAAUUGAUGAUAAGGUUGGAGCUGCACUGUCAAUGGUUUACAUAUCUGGGGCACCAGUCAUGUUUGUUGGCUGUGGGCAGUCAUAUACAGACCUCAAGAAACUCAAUGUCAAAUCAAUUGUCAAGACCCUCCUUAAAUGAGAAUGUGUUCUAGUUUCAUCCUUCAUUGCUUACUGUUUGUCUGUCAGUUAUGGACAUUUAUGUUGCUGCUGAACUUGUGUGUAAUCCCAUGACCCCAUGACUUGUUGGAGGUGAAUAAGUCCCUUGUGGCUGAAAUUUAUUGAGUGUUAUUUGAUCUGUUCCAUUGUGAGUCCUGCGUGUGUGUGUGUGUGAGAGCCCACUUGUACACAUGCACCCAUAUAAUGCCCAUAUUGAGGCUGGGUUAAAAAUUGCAUUCAGAAUUUUGGUCAAAAGCCAUAGAAUAAAAUUACUUUAGAA